UCAACGAUUCGGCCGGGGUGAGCCGAAGCUCCGGGGAUCUCGCGGUCGCUCACCUGUCCGCUUUUCGGCGAGAAACUCAAGUCCGUGUAAUCCGACCAUACGGAGAAGGCCUUCGCGACUUCGUUGUCCACCGCCGUCCUGUCCAAUAUCUUAGGGUACUUGCUGAUCUUGUAGAUCUGAGAGCGGCGCGUAAUUCGGUAUGCCCGUGUAUCACGACGAGGUGGAGAUAGAGGACUUCGAGUACGACGAGGACGAGGAGACGUAUUACUACCCCUGCCCCUGCGGCGACCAGUUUCAAAUAUCGAAAACGGACCUGGCCAACGGCGAGGAGGACGCUACCUGCCCUUCCUGCUCGCUGGUGAUAAAGGUCAUCUACGACAAGGAGAAGUUCCUCGCCUCCGGCCAGGAACAAGCGACGGGGAAAAAUGCGGAGACCGCGGAAGAUCGAAGGCAAAAAGCGUAGCGCGCGCUCGAAGAUAUGGCUCGAACUUCGGUAGAACGAUGAAUGAGAAAAUUCACCAGGGAGCGAACGGUUCGUUCGAACGAUCGAGCGAAACUAUUGUGAAACUGUUGUACGUCCGUACGUACGAAUAUGUAUUAGCCGCAGGUGUGUAACCGCGCAAAUGGUUGACGAUGACAAUAAAACUGCUUUUUUACCUCAAA